UACGUCGAGGAAGAAACCCGCAGAGCGGGGCUUAAGUUCACCGGAAGCCCGAGCUCCUGUCUUCUGCUUCCGGGUCGGAGCCAUGGCGGUGGCAAAUUCAAGCCCCGUCAAUCCCGUGGUGUUCUUUGAUGUCAGCAUUGGCGGCCAGGAAGUUGGCCGCAUGAAGAUCGAGCUCUUUGCAGACGUUGUGCCUAAAACGGCCGAGAAUUUUAGGCAGUUCUGCACUGGAGAAUUCAGAAAAGAUGGGGUUCCGAUAGGAUACAAAGGGAGCACCUUCCACAGGGUCAUAAAGGAUUUCAUGAUUCAGGGUGGAGAUUUUGUUAAUGGAGAUGGUACUGGAGUCGCCAGUAUUUACCGGGGGCCAUUUGCAGAUGAAAAUUUUAAACUUAGACACUCAGCUCCAGGCCUGCUUUCCAUGGCCAACAGUGGUCCCAGCACAAAUGGCUGCCAGUUCUUCAUCACCUGCUCUAAGUGUGAUUGGCUGGAUGGGAAGCACGUAGUGUUUGGGAAAAUCAUUGAUGGACUUCUGGUGAUGAGAAAGAUUGAGAAUGUUCCCACAGGCCCCAACAAUAAGCCCAAGCUGCCUGUGGUGAUCUCACAGUGUGGGGAGAUGUAGUCCAGCGCGAGACCGGAUCAGGUAAGCGUGUCUUUCUCUCCUAGUUCAGAGUCAGACCCCAGAGAAGGCAGCACGGUGUAGUGGAAAGAACUUUCAACUUGAAGUCAUGGGAUUGAGCCCAUUCCGUCUCUUUGUGACUUUGGAGAAGUCAGUUCCCUUCUCUGAGCCUGUUUCUUCAUCUGUCAGAUGGGGAUAAUACUUAUUUCCUAAAGUCAUCACAAGGAUCAAAAGAAAAAGGGUGAUUAGGGCCCUUUACUUUCUGCCACUUUGUAGUUUACACAGUAGCCACCUGAAAACCAUCAGGAGUUUCUGACAGCAUUCUCGGACUGCAAGUCCACGCAGUAGUCCCCUCCAGCCCUGGGGACUUCCUGCUGGGACCAGUUUGGGCAGCCAGGAGACACACCUGUCAGCCUCUCGUCAGAACGGAUGCUGCCAUUCAGGUCGUGACUUUGUAUUUGCCAGCCUGGUAGGUGCAUGUGACACAUUUCUCAACCUGCGUAGACUCCCUUCCUGCCCACGUUUGCCACUGCCGGUUCUGUGCUGUGCAUCACUCGAGGCACAGAGAUGGGGGCAAAGAACUGAGAGAGGCCUGUGCUUUUCAGGAGCUUAUGGGAAAUAUGACACGUUCUCAGAGUGAUCACUAGUAAUAUAAGUGACAGUGUUAACCGUUAUGAAUUCAAGGGAAAAAUUGAUCUCUUCCAGCUAGGUGAGGGGGGGGGUGGUGUUUUGCCUGCCUGCCUUUUUUUUUCCCCCCAAACCUGCAUAAAAGUUUGAAGCAUAGUACAUUAAACCCACAUAUAUCUUUCACCUAGAUUCACCAAUGAUUAACUUCUUGUUUUAUCGUUUUACUUUGACAUGUUUUUUUCUUUCCCUUCUUCCCUCUCCUCCCAUUCCAUCCCUUCUCCCCCUCUCUCCUGCUCUCCUUCCUCCCUCCCUGCUGCUUUCCUUCCCUCCGUCCCUUCCCCAUUUGAAGGUUGAAGACUUCUUGACACUUUACCCCUAAAUUCUUCAGCAAGCGACUCCUAAAAAUAAAAACAUCCUACAUAACCAGCACGAUAUUAUCUAAUAAACACGAUAUUAUCUAAUAAACACGUUCAGACUUCCCCAGUUGUCCACAAAGUAACCAUUACAGCUCUUAAAGUGCUGUAAACAAGGUUCACAUAUUUCAUUUGCUAGUUUAUUUUUGAUUACAAAAGUAACAUAAUAUAAUCUGGUGAAAAUUUUCAGACAAAACAGUUAAAGUCGCCCCCUUGCUCCCCCUUCCCUCCCCUCUGUCCACAGGUAACUUCUUUAUUGGUUUGAUGUAUGGCUGUCAGGGCUUCUCUUUGCCUCUCUUUUGGGGAGGUUUUGUUUUUCCUGAAUGGCAUCAUACUAUAUUAGUCAUCAUUUUUUCUCCCAUUUUGCAUUAUGUCUUGAAGACUUUCCUUCCUCUAUUCAUGUAAAAUGACCUCACAUUUUUUAAAAAACUGAUAUGUGAUGUUUGUAAUGAUUUGAAUAGUUACACACUGAGUGUCAGUUGCUUUAUACCUUGUGACUAUAUUCUCCAGAAUAUAUAUUUUUUUAAAAAUUGGCAGUGUGUUGCUUAUCUUAACUUUGGUGAUAUCCUUUGUUGAACAGAAGUUUUAAAUUUUGAUGAGGUCAAAAUUAUCAGUCUUUUCCCUUAUGACUUUUGUGUUGUCAUGUUUAGGAAGGUCCUUACUACCUCAGAUCAUAAUGCCUUCUGUAUUUUUCUAAUAUUUCUAUAGUUUAUUUGUAUACUUACAAAAUUGUCUAGAAUUUAUUUUUCUGUACUCUGUCUUUUUUUCCAAAUGGAGAGCUAGUCAAAUACCAGACCAUUUUAAUGACUGUACAUACCUCUAUCUGUGACUGACUUCGUGUUCACGGCAUCUGGCACUUAUAGGCGUUCAGUGUAAAUUUAAUACAUGAGUUAAUUGAGAGGGAGAAUGUCAGGCAUUUUAGGCAGGGAACUGGUGUGAGCAAAUGCUGAGGCAGGAAUGCACAAGUGUGUGCUGGAAGUUGCACAUGGCCCUUUCUCUCGUCCAGCCAGAUGGUCCCAUGUCAGGCCGAGUUGACACCCUGAGCUUUCCUUUCUGCCAGGACUGGAGGCCCCUGGGGCGACCUGCUCUCCUCCCUCUCUCACUCACUUCUUUGCUGUAACUAAAGUUGAGCUCAUGCGUCCUUUUCCUUCUAAAGAUUGACCACUCAUCACUACCAGAGGACAGAAGAUAAUAAAAAAGAAUGAAGUUUAGAAAUUUUUUGUUUGGGGCCUCUGUUCUGUGUUUUUCUUUCCUUACAGAAAGUUACUGGAAAUCCUUAUUGAGGGUUUGAUUU